AUGGAGGGAGGAGUUCUGUAUCCUUACCAACUGGAGGGCGUUCGCUGGCUACGCCACUCCCUAUAUCAGGGCAUAAACACCAUACUGGCGGACGAAAUGGGCCUUGGCAAGACUGUACAAGUGAUUGCUAUGCUCUACUCCCUGUUUAAGGAGGAUAAAAAUCCUGGCCCUUUCCUGAUAGUUGCUCCCCUCUGUACAGUAAUGAACUGGGAGCAAGAAUUCUUCUUCUGGGCUCCUGAAUUGCACGUUGUGGUGUACGCGGGUGAUAAAACCGUUCGAGCCAUGAUUAGGUGA